GCAUCCAGUCCAGCUUGCACAGAACUGGAAAUGAAUGUGAUGGAUUGGUUGGCUCAAAUGAUGGGGCUUCCGGAAACAUUCUUACAUUAUCAUCCAGGCAGCAAAGGUGGUGGCAUCUUGCAGGCUCAUUCCUCUGUUGAAAAGGCAGGGUUGAUUUCCCUCGUGAAAGUCAGGUUUCUGCCGGUUGACGAGAAUUUCGCCUUGAGAGGUGAAACGCUGGGCAAAGCCGUGCAAGAGGACCGAAGCCGUGGCUUGGUACCUAUCUUUGUUUGUGCGACUCUUGGAACAACUGGUGUGUGCGCUUUUGACAGCCUUUCAGAACUAGGUCCAAUAUGUGCUAAGGAAAAUCUUUGGCUUCACGUUGAUGCUGCCUAUGCUGGGACAGCUUUUCUGUGUCCAGAAUACAGAUCUUUUCUCGAGGGAAUUGAAUAUGCUGAUUCUUUUACCUUCAAUCCUUCCAAAUGGAUGAUGGUUCACUUUGAUUGCACCGCAUUCUGGGUUAAAGAUAAAUUCAAGCUCCAGCAAACUUUCAGUGUCAACCCUCUCUACCUCAGACAUCCAAAUUCUGGAUCAGCAACUGAUUUCAUGCACUGGCAAAUCCCGCUGAGCCGAAGGUUCCGCUCUCUAAAACUUUGGUUUGUGAUUCGCUCGUUCGGUGUGAAAAAGCUUCAGGAGCAUGUCAGACACGGCACUGAAAUGGCCAAAUAUUUUGAGUCCCUGCUCAGAAGCGACCCCUUGUUUGAAAUCCCUGCGAAGAGGCAUCUGGGACUAGUUGUUUUUCGUCUAAAGGGCCCCAACUGGAUGACCGAGAAGCUCUUAAAAGACCUGAACAGAUCAGGAAAGCUGUUUGUCAUCCCGGCAUCAGUUCAGGAGAAGUUGAUCAUUCGCUUCUCUGUAACUUCUCAGUUCACCACUCGUGAGGAUAUUCAACAAGACUGGGCCCUCAUCCAACGGACUGCGGUGAACGUCUCCAAUCAAUCUCUCCUCAUCCUGGAGGAGAAGGCCCAAAUCCCCAGGCAAUUAAUCAGCUCCAGUUCAAAAGCAGCGGGUGCCCCUCUUCCUAUUUUCACAGAGAAAGAAAAAGGCAACAUUUUCCCUUUCAGCAGGAUAACUACCCAGCCUCGGAGAGGGUCCCUCAACUCUUCUUUGUCACUGUUGAACGAAUACAUCCCAAUGGCCAAAGAGCCUCAUUUGCACGAGUGCUUGACAGAAAAUGGCCGACGUCUGACCAGCUGUGACUUGCCUUCUGUCCUGAGUUUAUCAGCUCAAAACAAGAAAAAAACGGUCCGUUCCUUCAGCUUGGACAGCCCUGUGGAGAACAGACCUUGUGCUGGCAAGAAAUUCCUUUCCAGGUUGCCCAAAGAUCUCCUGAUGAUCAAGAAAGAAGAUCUGAAGAAACCGCCCCAGUUUUACCACAUGCCUAGUUUUCCGGAAUGCUCCAUUCAGUGCGGUCUCCAGUUGCCAUGUUGUCCUCUUCAGACUAUUAUCUAG